UGAAGAAACUAAGUCAUGAACGGGCCGCAGAAUAUCGAGCUCGGUGCCACGGGGGGAGCCUCCAAAAAAGACAGCAGCAACAUGGACGACAUGACUGUGGAGCAGAUGACCAUAAGGGCCAACCAAGUGACCGAUGAGUCACUGGAGAGCACGCGGAGGAUGCUGCAGAUGGCAGAGGAGAGCAAACAGACCGGCGUCAACACAAUGGUGAUGUUGGACCAGCAAGGAGAGCAGCUGAAGCGUGUAGACGAAGGCAUGGACCAGAUCAACAAGGACAUGAGACAGGCUGAGAAAAACCUGACCGACCUCUCCAAGUGCUGCGGCCUCUGCGUCUGCCCCUGUGACAGAGUGUCAUCAAUCGAGCAUGACUCCCGAUACAAGCGCACCUGGGGGAUCAGAGGAGCCGAUGGCGAAGGUGACGUUGACGCCAAUGGCGGCAAAGUUGUCUCAAGGCAGCCGUCGGCCGUCCGCAACGGGCAGACUAAUCAGAUGAACUCCUCGGCGCCAUCGGGCCCGUACAUCAAGAGGAUAACCAACGAUGCACGUGAGGACGAGAUGGAGGAGAACCUGGAUGCAGUCGGCGGGAUUAUUGGCAACCUGAAAAAUAUGGCCACGGAUAUGGGCAACGAGAUAGACAAACAGAACAAACAGAUUGACAACAUCAAUUCCAAGGCGGACAUGAACAAAAUGCGGAUUGAAGAAGCGAACCAGAGAGCCAACAAACUCCUCAAAUAGACGAGAACCUGCUUCCAACACUUUUACCAACCAACCUUGAGCGUCUGUCGCCGCUUACACACCGCAUACCAGUACACAAACUCACACUCUUCUACACAAACCGAUAACAUCCUCACAGAGAAUAUUUUUUUCAGCAGUUUGGUAGCCUUGACUGCACUAAAAAGUGAGUACACAUUCAUACAUUUGUACAUAUUGUAGUUUCAGAACUCUUUAUCAGGAAUAAUCAUAAUCAUGGUGGACUUUGAAAAAAGGAGCUUGGGCAUCACAAACCUCACCUAAGAGGAAGUGUGUGACUGCCUUUCACUGCCGUUUGAUAGCUGACACAACCGGCCUGAUGCGUCAUAUCUCAAUUUUCAUAGAAAAGGAAGUAGCUGCUUCUCUUUCUUAGUUAUUCCCCUUUUUUUUAUUGAACUUUCUCUGAAGUCAACACGUAUAAAUUAUCCAUCCAUCCAAACCCCUACAGACAAACUUUCUUAUAGCAGUAAUUUAUGAAUCCCCCUUUUUGGUCCUAUCUUCAUUCAUCAUUCGUUUGAUCAUAAAGCCAUGUAUCUAAAGUCUACAACAAAUCUAUUUUCUUAAAUUCGUACUGCUUAAAUAUGUGAUUGUACAAUUUGUGUUAUUUGAGAUGACAUGCCUAUUUAAUUAUUCCCUCUUAAAAGCAGAAAUGACUUGUGAAUAAAGUUGUUUUUUUAACACUUUGUUCUCAUGUCAUUUGUGCGCGUUCAGAAAGCUGUUUCAUAGCUUCUCAAAAGUUGUGCUUUGGAGUGAGUCACACUGAAUUCUUUCAUGCUGGAAUUCAAAGCACCUACCCCCGAGUGAAUGAAGCAGUGUAAUGUUAUUUUUUUAAUUUUCUUACUGCUGAGAAGUCAAGGUUGUUGUUAAUAGUUGCGAGGAAAAACUGUAAAGGUGCUGACCUGAUGUUAGAAAAUUAAUAUAUACCAAUCACUUGUAAAGGAAGGUCAGUACGCAAUCAGGAGGAAUGUUCAUCAUUACCUCCUCCAAGGCUUUUAGUUGACAUUAAAACAACUGAACAUUAAAACGUAACAGCGGGUGAGUGACGGUGGAUGUUUCAUCAGUGGAUCAUGUGAUCAGAUUCAGUCUCUGGAGGAGAGAUUCUGUAAAUACUGAAACACACUGUAGCUGUUUAUUAACUGCCUUUAGUCACUCUGUUAAUCUAAUCUCAUUCUUCUUUCUCCAUUACCUCUUGGUUAAUAGAGAUUUAUGGCACCACAGAGGAGAUUUGACAGCCUGCACAGGGCUCCUAUAAAAGUCUGCGAAUGUGCAGAGAAUUAACUUCCUCAAGUUCGAUACCUGAAGUCUGUAAAAAGUGAGCAAGCUUCUGAAACACAGGGAUGUACAUUGUUAGUUCUAUCUUCUCAUAUUCACUCACUAGGUCUUUGUCAUCAGAGCGUUUGUUGCAGUGUUGUUGAAAUCAACCUGGAAUCUUAGAAAUGAAAGAUAUCAGCCUGGAAAGUUUAGUAGCGUAGCCAUGCAGGAACUCUGUCACUGCCUUAUGGAUGAUCCAUGGUUGUGUUGUAACAGCCGGUGUAUCCCAAACAACUACGGUGUAUUUGCAUCUGUUUUUAAAGUAGCAGCUUUCACAGCGGAGCUUCCUUAAAAUGAUAAAUCUCAUCAUGGAGAGCAUAAUUUUGUUUUUGUGGACGCUGAAGCCAGGCUGAGAAAUGACUGCUGGCAGCGUGAUGCAUAAGUCUACAUGUAAAUGAAAGAUGUUUUUAGGAGGUAAACGCAGAAGCAGAAUAAGUCCUGGCGGGCUGUUAAGGCGUCGCUGCGGAAAAUUGGCUAAUGAUGAAGCGACACAGAACGCUGAAAGUAUCUCUCGUAUGAAUCUUCUGCUUUAUUUGUUUUGAAGACAAAUGAUAAUUGUGUGCUCGGCUCCGGCGUGCACCUAUUGAGUUUGUAAAGAUUGUAAUGGACUGUUAUUCAGAGCUCUGUUCUGCUAUAACUGAUCAUCCCGGGUCUGCUGCUUGUCAGCUGAGAUCUAAUUAGUCCAGCCUCAGGCAGCCUCACUGUCUUCAGGCUGUUUAUUCAUUGUUGUACCAACAGCCACUGGAAUGUGAAUGCAACAGUUUUAUAAUGUUCAUGCAGCUUCACCUUUUCUGGAAUCAGCUCUAAAGUGGAAAACUGUUCAAGUAUGUAAAAAUGCCUUUUUCCACACCUGCCUUUGUAUAAUUGUUUUUAAUCAAUAAAUCUAUUCUAAAAUUA